AUGUAUGCCAAGGGCAAGGGCUCUACAGUGCCUUCGGACGCUCAGGCUCGCGAAAAAUUGGCACUCUAUGUGUAUGAGUACCUGCUACACGUCGGUGCGACCAAAGCCGCGCAAACAUUCCUGUCUGAAAUACGAUGGGAGAAGAAUAUAACACUCGGCGAACCACCAGGGUUCCUACACUCGUGGUGGUGCGUGUUCUGGGACCUUUACUGUGCUGCACCAGAGAGACGAGAUACGUGUGAACACUCUUCGGAAGCGAAAGCAUUUCAUGAUUAUGGAUUUGUCAAUUCUGGAUACGGAGUCAAUGGAAUCGGCCACAACGCCGGCCCGGCGCCGCCUAACGACGGUAUGGGUGGAGGGGGGAUGCCACCAGGAUUCUUCCCUAACUCUCCACUCCGACCGUCACCGCCCGCACCACACCCAGGAUCGCAACCUUCACCGCACGGACCACAGCCACAACUAAUGGGAACCGGACAACCGUUUAUAGGACCAUGGUAUACAGGAGGAGGACCACGUGGAGCAGUCAGGAUGGGAAUGGGAAAUGACUUUAAUGGGCCGCCAGGUCAAGGCAUGAUGGGCAACAGCCUAGAGCGCGGCGGAGGAGGCGCGGGCGGCCUGCUGGGCGGGCCGCGCAUGACUCCGCCGCGACCGCAGGGCAUGGGGCCCAUGAGCCCGGGCGCCUACGCAGCAGGCAUGCGCGGCCCUCCGCCACAGGGACCAGGUAUGCCACCCAUGGGGAUGGGACCUCGCGGCGCGUGGGCGGGGGGCAGCGGUGGUGGGGGCGGGGGUGGUUCCGCACCACUCAACUACAGCGGUGGCUCACCCGGUGCAUACGGGGCUCCGCCGGGUUCCAACGGCCCCCCGGGGCCCCCAACACCAAUAAUGCCAAGCCCGCAAGAUUCGUCCAAUUCCGGGGGAGACAACAUGUACACACUGAUGAAACCGGUCGGCGCGGGAGCCCUAGGGGCAGAGUUCCCGCUAGCGGGGGAGCAUGGGCCCGCACCGCAGCACCUGCCGCAGCCGCCCGCCGCCGAAGGCUUGGGUGGAGUCGACGGUAUGAAGUCUUCGCCUGGAGGCGUAGGAGGCGGAGGGCCAGGUACGCCCAGAGAAGACUCGGGAUCAGGCAUGGGAGACUACAAUCUAAGUUUCGGGGGCCCAGGCGGUGACCAAAACGACCAAACGGAAUCGGCAGCGAUAUUGAAAAUCAAGGAAAGCAUGCAAGAAGAGGCCAAGAGAUUUGAGAAGGAUCCAGAACAUCCGGAUUAUUUCAUGCAGUGA